AUUCGAAUGAACAAAAAUCCAGUUGAAAAUGAACAAUUUUCGAUUUUUCCUGCUUUUCCUGGCCACAAUCUCGAUGACAUUUGUCUAUAGUAAUCGAGUGGUUUUUGGAUUUACGAUUAUUUGCCAACAAGGUGGAAAUGAGAGUGAUGAUACGACAAGUGUAAUUGUGGAUCCCGACUAUUAUCUUCUUGACACUUUAAACAUUGCCUGGAUGUUCACCGCAACAGCCGUCGGAAUGUGUCUUGGUCCUGCUCCAUUUUACUUUGUUGGUUUCCUAAGUACUCGUGUCCUUAUCUUCACCUACGGUAUUAUGUCAGCACUCAGUUCCAUCCUCUACCCAUUGUUCGAUUCCCUUGGCUUCUGGCCAGCUCUUGUCUGCCGGUUCUUUGCUGGAUUUGCUCAGGCCAGUCAGCUACACUUUACAAAUGACCUCGUACUUCGAUGGACUCCUGAAUCAGAAGCCUCAUUCUUCUUCUCAAUAAUGCUUGCAACGUCACAGUUUGGCCCGUUGUUCACAAUGAUUUUGGGCGGUGAGAUGUGUUCUUCCUCGUUUUUUGGAUGGGAAGCCACCUACUACAUAUUGGGAGUAGGUACAUUCAUCUCUUCAACUGCAUUUGCAUAUUAUUAUUCUGAUAAUGUAGAGAAGAAUUGCAAUUUGGAAGAAUCCGAGAAGAAAUACAUUCUUGCUGGAAAGCAUUCAACGAAAGAGAAAGAAAAAGUUCCAUAUAAGGCAUUACUGAAAGAUUCAACAAUUUGGAUCAGUUUACUCAUGUUCACUGGAUAUUAUUUGGCAAUGAUUGUUUAUCAACAAUACUCUCCAACAUUCAUCAAACAAGUUCUACACUUCACAAUUCGAGAAACUGGAUAUUUCUCUGCAAUUCCUCAGUUAAUCGCGAUUUUCAUUAAAAUUGGGUGUGGUAGAUUAUUAGAUGUGAAAUUCGGGUGUGGUCCGAAGCUAACUCUUGUCGUGCCUCUUCUUAUCUUGGAAUCAAUGAGUGCUUUCUCCCUGUUCCUCACUGGAUUUCUGGAUGACCGUGUGUGGUCGUUGAUCUUUAUGAUGAUCUUUGCAUCUCUUCACUUCUUUGUUCCAGUCAUUUGCAGUAGAACUAUUCAAAUUAGAGCUGGCCAACAUUCUCACUUCGCAUUGAACUUAAAUAUGGUGAUUGCUGGAAUUGCACAGAUCUUGAUUCCACUGGGAGUUCAAGCAGCGGUACCUGAAAAUACAAGAAGCCAGUGGUCCUUCGUAUUCUACUUCCUCGUCAUCACAGUAGUCAUCACAUCAAUUCUCUACACACUGUUCUCCCGAGCGACACCUGCCGAAUGGACAAUGAAGAAAAGAGCAUCAGAAUACACAAUUUAUCGAUUGUCUGACAUAUCACCACCCGAACCAAUCACAAUCCCGAUGCCAAGAGAAUGCAAGUUUUAAUUAUUAGGUACGGGUUGGAAACAGUUAAAGUUUUUUGAAUAAUAAAAACGUCAAAUUGUU